UAGUCUUUUCUUUAGUUUGGUUGGUGCAAAUGAGCACAUCCUCCAAUCAUGAUUGUCCACCUCAAGCAAAAGUGUUCGACGUCUCCUCACUCAAAAGAUAAGGGAUUGUCAAUCUCGUACUCAAAGUGAGCACGUCAAGAUUACGAGUCCAUCAUGCACUUAAGCAUUGCUGUGAUCAUAGUUCUGGCCCUUUUGGGAUUUCGACCCUCAUUGGCCACGCCCCUUUUGGGCGUGGUCCAAUUGGACUCACUGUCUUUUAACAAGACCGUGAGAAGAUUUCCUUUCUCAUUAGUGAAAUUUGAUGGAGGAUAUCCGACGGGCGAGAAACACAAGAUCUUUGCUCAAUUAGGACGCGAGCUCUCGGAAGUUCGCAACCUCCUGGUGGCCGAAGUCAGGAUCAAGACCUACGGUGAUAAAGAGAACGAAGACAUCGCCAUGCGGUUUGGUUUCCAAGAAGCCGAUUAUCCGGAGAUCAUCCUUUUCAUACAAGACAAGAAAGGAGGCACCUUGCGAGAGAUUCGUUACGGGGCCGAGGUUUCGGCAGACGCUGUCAUCAACUUCCUCAAGUCCAAGGCCGGAUCCGAUCUGACCUUGCCGGGAUGUCUCAAGGAGUUUGACCGAUACGCUCAGUUCUUUGUCAAUAAUGACGAGAAAGAUCGGCAACGCAUGUUGGACAAGGUGGUCGAGAUUGUGUCAGAAAUGAGGCCCGGGUCGAGAAAGGACAAGGCCACCAGAUAUAUGAAGAUUAUGGAGACCUUUGUGACCCGUGGGUUGGAAGGGGUCGAGCAUGAGGAGGAAAGAGCCCGCAAACUCUUGGAGGAAAAACUGUCGCAAGAAAAACGAAUCAACUUUGAAAUCAUGCUCAACGUGCUCAAAUCGUUUAAAUAUACCAAGAAACCCAGUCGACGAUUGGAGCGCAAAAUCCGAGAUGAAUUAUAAAUUUUGGGAAUUAGGUUAUUACUUACCAAUUUUGGUCUAGUUGUACCUUUUAAUAUUUGUGCGCUGUGACUAGAGAGUGGAGAUUGGUUCAUACGGUCUUGAAAUAAAUUUUUCCACAUUCUGUCAA